UAGAUAAUGAAAGUUAAAAAAAUACAUCUUCUUUUUAAAAUCCUAAAAAUAUUAUUUCUUUUGAAAAUACUUAAAAUGUAAAUUAAAAAGUUAAUACACCAAAAAAUAUUUAGAAAUAUUCAAAUGAGAGUGAUUAAAAUUUAUAAAUUGAAUCGAUAAUGGAAUCUGCGAAAAGAAAAAAACCCUAUUAAGAUUUAAUUUCGAAUACUAAUUCUAAUAAAUCUUUUGAUAAUUUAAUUAUAAAAGAUAACUUUUAAUAAUAAGUUACUGAUUUGAAGAAUAAAAUUCCUAAUUUAGAAUAGAAUAAUGUAGCAUAUUUAUAGAAAAAUACGUAGAAUUCCCCAGCUUAUAGUGGAAGGGUAAGUUAGGGGCCUAAAAGUGUUAAAAACGAAGGUAAAAAUAUGAGUAAUUUAGAUAUUUUUGCUAAAUAAAUUAUAACGGAAAAAAAUAAUCCAAAUAUUGAUAAUUAAGUAUAUUUUGAGCCUAAUGGACUAAUAACAUAGAGUAUUUAAAUUUCUUUAUAAGAUAAUAGUUUCAAUAAAAAAAAUUCAAUUUAAAAUUUUAAGUUAGGUAAAAAAUUAGGAAGUGGUAAAUUUUCUGAUGUAUACUCAGCAGUCGAUAAAUAAACAGGAUUUAGAGUUGCAAUUAAAUAAAUAAAAAAAUCUACUAUAAUAGAAUAUAAACUAACCUAAGAUAUAUUAAAUGAAAUAAAAACUUAAUAUAUGCUAUCUCAUCCUAAUAUAGUUAGUUUAUAUGGUUAUUUUUAUGAAAACGAUAGUUUAUAUUUAAUCUAAGAAUUAGCUUGUGGAUGUGAAUUGUUUGCUGAUUUAAAAUAAUAACCAUAUAAAAGAUAUAACGAAACGAAGGCUUCUUUAUAUGUAAGAUAAGUAAUUGAAGGUUUAUUAUAUAUGCAUGCAAGAGGAAUUGUACAUAGAGAUAUUAAGCCUGAGAACAUUAUAUUAAAUAAUGGAAUACUUAAGAUAUGUGAUUUUGGUUAUGCUACUUUUGUGGAAAAAGAUAAAAUGAGAUAAACAUUUUGCGGAACUUUAGAUUAUGUAAGCCCAGAAAUGGUAGAAGGCAAAUAAUACGAUUUUUCAGUAGAUAUUUGGAGUGUAGGAAUUCUUGUAUAUGAACUGAUUUUUGGAAACGCUCCUUUUACAGGGAAAAAUCAUGAUGCCACAUUUGAUAAAGUUGUUAAGGGAGAUUUAAAGUUUUCAGGUCCUAUAUCAUUUGAAGGGGUUGAUUUUAUAAAAAAAAUACUGGUAAAAGAUCCUAAUAAAAGAAUGGAUUUAAAUACAGCUUAUUAACAUCCAUUUAUAUAAAAUAAUACAGCUUAAAGAUAAGAAACAUUUAAUUAUUUAGAUAAAAAUGAUUAAAUUAUAUUAAAAAAAAAAUGA